AUUUUAGUCGUUUUAUCAUAUACAAUACAUUAAUGUUUGUCCUCGCGGAAUUAAAGGACACAGUUAGAAUUCCACCAUGGGAAUUCAAACGAAAAUUAAAUGAUGCUAUUACAGAUGAACUCAAUAGAAAAUUAGCUAACAAGGUUUAUCUUGAUGUUGGUCUUUGUAUUGCUCUUCAUGAUAUUACAAAAAUUGAGGAAUCAUAUAUUUUUCCUGGGGAUGGUGCAUCGCAUACCAAAGUAGUAUUUCGUUUCAUUGUGUUCCGUCCAUUUAUGGAAGAGAUAUUAAUAGGGAAGAUACGAAGCUGUAGUGUUGAUGGUGUUCAUGUAACAUUAGGGUUUUUUGAAGAUAUUGUAAUACCACCUAAUAAAUUGCAACAUCCAUCAAGGUUUGAUCAAAUAGAACAAGCAUGGGUGUGGGAAUAUGAUACAGGAGACGGUCAAAAGCAUGACUUAUUUAUGGAUGCAGGAGAAAUUAUACGAUUCAGGGUAAUAAGUGAAACAUUCACAGAAGCAUUACCUACGGGACCAAAUAUGUCCGGGGAGACUGAGAAAUCAGAAGCUAAAAAUACAUCUCCAUAUACCUUAGGAGCUGCUAUUGAUGAGCCAGGACUUGGACUACUCACUUGGUGGGAAAAUACCUAAGAGUACAAAAAUAAAUUCAGAUCAAUAAAUUUUUAUUUCACAGCACA